AUGUGGGCGUGUUCUCGCCCCCCCCCCCGCCCUUUUUUUAAACUUUGCACCGCCUGUCCUCCGAAACUGUGCGCACUUUGCGGAGCAGCCACUUGCUGCAGAGUGGAUGCAGAGUUCAGCUCCGGCUUUGCCCGUGGUCCCCGCGGCCACAGCUCAGGCUCUGGCUCUGAUUCAGGACGAGACCAGAGGAUGGAUCUCUAUCACUUUGCCUUUCUCUGCGGGGCUCUGCUGUUUCUUUGGGAAAUCCCCUGUUUUCACACUCUUGCUAUUUUCCCUCCAGCUGCCCCGAAGAGCAGCAAGGUGUCGAGGAUUUUUGAUGGACAAGAAGCUUCUAAGUAUUUCAAGGAUUUUUACGCGCCGCCAUCCAUCGACAGAAACAAUAAAGCAACAUCUAAAGACUCAAUUGAGCCUCAUGACUACAUGCUGUCUAUUUACAAGACCUUCUCCACGGCAGAAAGACUGGGACUCAACGCCAGUUUCUUUCGGUCUUCUAAAGCUGCAAACACUAUUGCAAGUUUUGUGGACAGUGGACAAGAUGACCUCCCACUCUCCCCUCUGAGGAGACAGCAGUAUCUGUUCGACGUCUCAACGCUCUCCAAAAAGGCGGAGGUGCUGGGAGCUGAGCUCAGGAUAUACACCAAAGUGUCUGGGAAUUUCAGGAUAUCGGAAACAGAGCCCGUCGACAUCCAGCUCCUCUCCUGCCACGACCGGCAGCUGCUCGAUUCCAAAACACUCGACUUGCAGGAUUCCAAAAGGCCAAAGUGGGAGGUGUUGGACGUGUGGGAAAUAUUCAAAGAGCAGCAGCACCUGAGCCAGGGGAAGCACUUCUGCCUGGAGCUCAGGGCCAUGCUGGACAACCCGGAGAGGGAGCUGGACCUGCAGCUUCUGGGCUUGCACAGGCACGGCAGGCCUCAGCAGAAGAAAGCCAUCUUAGUGGUGUUCACCAGGUCUAAGAAGAGGCAGACCCUCUUCAGUGAGAGGAGAGAGGGGAGAGCGUUGCUGGGUCUGGAGAGGAAGGCCAAAGAGAGAGACCCUGGCACCAAAGCCAGCAGGAGACGGAGGACAGCUGCAUCCAAAACCCGCCACGGCAAGAGACACGGCAAGAAGUCCAAAUCCAGGUGCAGCAAGAAGCCGCUGCACGUCAACUUCCGAGACCUGGGCUGGGACGACUGGAUCAUCGCCCCGCUGGAUUAUGAAGCGUACCACUGCGAGGGGGUGUGUGACUUCCCCCUGCGCUCCCACCUGGAGCCCACCAACCACGCCAUCAUCCAGACUCUGAUGAAUUCAAUGAACCCCAGCAACAUGCCGCCCAGCUGCUGCGCCCCGUCCAAACUCAGCCCAAUCAGCAUCCUCUACAUCGACUCAGGAAACAACGUGGUCUACAAACAGUACGAGGACAUGGUGGUUGAGUCUUGUGGCUGUAGGUAG